AUGUUAAACAGAUGGCAUCAGUUACUUGCUGCUACCAGCUCGGUUCCAGCGGGGUUCAAGAUCAUUACUUUCGGAUCGUCGUAUUUCUGGAACGACGAAUGGCCGAUUCUAAACCAAACCAAACAAUUCAGCCACUGUCCAACCCGCGCCUGCUUCAUCUUCCCGCAAUCGUACUACUACGAGCAUCAAUGGCUGCGUGACACCGCAGAUGCCGUCGUCUUUCAUCCAAGAGAUCCGUUACUCUCGCAAAAACUUCAUUGGCUGUCCGGUAGGGCGCGCCCGCAGCGGCAGCGAUGGAUCACGCACAUACAUGAGUCUCCCUUGAACAUCGAUGGAGCGACGUCACGACUUCGUCUCGUGUGCAACUGGACGAUGAGUUACCGUAGCGAUGCGGAUAUCUACGCUCCGUACGGACAAUUCUACUUCAACGCAAAUGCGUCAUCGUCUUCAGUAGACAGUGUUAGACCAGACAGAGAUUAUGGCGAUGGAAAGACGGGCUUCGUCGCAAUCGUGGUUAGCCAUUGCAUCACGCCCAACAGACGCGAGCUGUACUGGGAGACGCUGAGUAAAUAUGUACCGGUAGACGUCUACGGUCUGUGCAGUAAGUCGAACAGUUCGUGCACCGGUCCGCAAGACCAUCCAUCUUGCAUGGAGGACAUCGUGAAACGCUACAAGUUCUAUCUCGCCUUCGAGAACAGCAACUGCAGGGAGUACAUAACUGAAAAGUUCUGGCGCAAUGCGCUCGAGUGGGACGUCGUUCCCAUAGUGAGAGGAGCACCGAGGACAGACUACGAACGGUCGGCUCCUCCUGGCUCCUUCAUCCACGUCAACGAUUUCAGUUCCGUUGAGAAGCUGGCUGAGUAUUUACAAGAGUUGAACGUCGACAGUGAGGCCUACAAUAAAUACUUUAGAUGGAAGCAGCUAGGCUGGAUUUCGAAUAACAUCAGUGCGUCAUUCUGCAGAUUGUGUGAGGCACUGCACGAUGUGACUAGACCCGUGAAAAGUUAUGGGUAUCUUAACCAAUGGUGGAACGAAAGUGACUGUUUGGAACAGCGAGGUUUUACGAGUGUAGGAUGAUAUACCUACUAAUUUACGAUAAACCUGUGCUAUCACUUUCUCAACGCAAACAGGUGUUGUACUGCAAUGGAAUCUGAGUAUGGAAUAUAGAACGCACAGCAUUUUAUUAUUUGUACAAUAUAAUUCUCUGUAUGA